CCUGCUUUAUGCCAGUCAGAACAUCAGAUUACGGAUGAGUAUGAAGGGAACUCCGAAUGAACCGCACUUUUCUGUUGAGCUGCUGGAAGGAAGCGCAGCUCUCCGAAAUGUGAUCGAUAAACACAUCCAUGAUCAAACUCUUGCACCGAAGAGUGCAUUUUUCGUUGCUGACUUAGGGGAGAUUGUGUGGCAGCAAGUUCGCUGGAGAACUAAAUUGGACCAGAUUCGGCCUUUCUACACAGUCAAGAGCAAUAGCAGCCCUGUGGUCGUUGAAAUCCUGGCUGCUCUCGGAACUGGCUUUGUUUGUUCAAACAAACAUGAGCUGGACUUAGUGAAGGACUUUGGCGUCCCGUCUCAGGACAUCAUUCUCGGCGGCACGUGUAAACAGCUGUCUCAUAUCAAAUACGCAGCCAAACACAACAUCCCCCUCCUUGUUUGCGAUAAUGAGGCGGAGCUGAGGAAGAUUGCGCGAUGCCAUCCCAAAGCAAAGUGA